AUCCCAUGUCCACUUGAAACCUCUACUUCCAGCUACAACCCAAGUUCUACAACGAGGAGUAAUAGCUGAACCUCAUGGGUUCCCAUUUACCCGAACUUUGGUUCGAGAACCUCUCGACCCAUCCCAUCUUUACCUCUCCUCCGGCAAGCUCGAGCUCGCAACCGCAGACGACCACCUCGGCUCCUUCUGGGCGCAAAAACGCCUUUGGCCUGUCCUCCUUGAACGAUUCCACCUCGAAGAAUCCAGCAAAUGGAGAUGAAGACGACGAGGAUGAGGAGACGGAGAUGAUCUACGACAAGCACGGGGACGAGGUCGGGCAGAGGAAAGAACGGGUGGUCGUCCGGGGUGGUAAAGAGUUGAUCGCGGUCGUCGGGAGGGAGAUCAGGCUAGUCGACCUGAAAGAGGUCAAGGAAGGUAGACCGGCGAGAUAUUGGAUCCUUCGGAACCCAGACAUAGACUUUCCCAUCCACCAGAUCUCCCUCAACCCGACCAACAAGCUGCUGGUUCUCGUCGGUACUAAACAAAUCGGGGUCAUCAUGCUGCCCUCUCUAGGCAGUCUAGGAUUGACCCCGGCGGAAGGAGGGAGAGGGGUCAUAGAUGGGAAAUGGGUCAGGUGCAAGGGCACAAAGAUCGCUCCCGAGAUCUACCACUCUCGGGCCGAGAACAGGAUUGUCAAGUCGAGAUGGCAUCCCUGGGGGGAACAUGGAACGAGCUUGCUGGUACUCACCGAUGAUACCAUCCUCCGGGAAUUUGAUACCUCACACUCGUCCACCCAGCCUCUCCAAGCGAUCCCUUUCCACCCAUCCGUCCAAGUACCUCCGGAACCCUCCUCCCUGCAUACCCCGUCGACAGCUUCGUCGUCCUCCCAGAAUCAUACCCAACACAAACCGAAAGCUUCUUUCACCGCCGAGGACGUUGCGAGCAAGACGGCCGUCUCUUUCGAUUUGGGUAAAGGGGAUGGGGAAUGGGGUGCGUUGGCGGUCUGGGGGUGUAUGAAGAACGGCGAUGUCUGGACGAUCUGUCCGUUCCUGCCCGAGUUUGCGUUGGUCCCCGAGGUCUACAUCGAAACGCUUAACCUGUACCUUGGUAGUAAAGCGCAACAAUACCGCCUACAAAACCCUUCCUCCUCUUCGUCCUCCUCGACCCAGCCUGAUAAGCUACCCACCUCGCGACAAAGCAUUGGGUUCUCUGCUUCGGAACACGAUAACCUCGGAAGGAAACUUGCCGCCCAGCAGAAAUGGGCGAGAAGCCUUUCCCGACAGAUCGACGCUCACAAAGCCAGCUCGGACGGGUUCAACGAUAACGAUGGUCAGGGGCGACAGUAUGCCGUUCGACCGCCUAGGGAUGGAAGGAGGUUGAAACGACAAGGACCUUACCUGGUUCAGCCUGAACCCAAGGAGCUGCCCUUGUCAGAAGAAGCCGGAUGGGGGGUGGAAGGUGUUGCUAGCGAUAUCGUCGUCGUCGCGGACAAGAAUAAGAACUCGGUAGGACGGGGACACGUUGCGGGACCGAAGACGGGAAUGAACGUGGUCGGGAUCGCUUGGGUGGACGGACGGGUAGACUUAUGUAUUGAAGCACAAAAGGUCGAGGCAGAAUGGGAGAUGGAAGAUAACCAAGAUUGGGCUGAAGAACCCCUGUUGACGCUCGUGACAUUCGAUUCAAUCGAUCUCGAGAUCCUAGAAUCUCUCGAAUCGGCGUCGGAAUCAUUCACUCCGCUCGUCUGCAACGGCACGACAUUCACCAUCGAUCCUAUGGACUCGACGUCGUUGUUCGUGCAUCACGUCCUUGGAGCACAUUGGAUCGGGUUCAAGUCGUGGAAGACGUCGUUAUCGCACGUGGUCCAGAUGCAGGAUGCAGAUGAGGAGGAGAAGGAGCUGGGAGAAUUGUGGAAGAAGAGGUCGACAUCUCAGUGUGCUUGGGUUAUCGAUACUUGGUCGGGUCAAGAAGGCGAAUCGUCUCUUGUACCAGCGGUCGGAUCAGCCGUCUUGGCAGAUAUCGAGCUGGGUUACGCGUUCAUGACAAUAGCCUCGGACAAAACAGCGGCGAUCAUCCAGCUCAACGAGUUUGACGACGUCGAAGAGACUGAGCAGGACGAUCUCCUUAUGGCUCAGUUAGACAAGAGCAAAGGUAGAGACGAACCUAUCGUUGAUCCGUCGUCAUAUCUCGGUGGUCAACCUUACAACAUCACGGACAUGUCUUUCGAUGCCGUCAUGCGAAAGCUCAAGGGCAGCGUCCAGCUUGGACACUUGGGCGGCAAGCGGAUCGACUCGGUCUCGGAAGAGGAUCUCAAGAUGAUUGGCAACGUGAUGCAAGGGUAUGGCGAAGCCGUCCUCGAGCUGAAGCAACUAUCCGGGCGGGUCGAGGGCCGCGCUGAUCUUCAGGUCAAAGAGGUUGCCUUGCAACUGCAACGCAUCAAGGACGCCAUGCGCAAGGUCGCCGACCUACGGGGAGAUUCGUCUGACGACGAGGACGAAGGAUUGCUGGGUCAAGGGACCGGCGGGAGCGUCGACGACAUAAAGCAACGCUACGAGAGGAUCGUACGCACUCAAAAAGACCUCGGAAGCCGGUUGGCCCAGGUGCAAGGCAAAUUGAUCAACAACUUGCAACCCGAUUUGAGCGAUACGGAAAAGGCAUGGCGCGCGGAGAUGGAGCGCGUGGCAGAGAUGAUGAAGGAGACGGGAGAGACUCCGGAACUGAUCAUCAGGUAUCAAGAGAUUCAAAAGCAAUUCGACGCGAUCAAGCCGAAAUUGCAGCAGGUACAACGCGACAGCAAUUCACGACUGCGAGCACGACAGACCGAGGUGCCUCCCGCAACGACAAGCGGUCUUGAACAAGAAGCGAAACACGUCGCCCUCGUGCUGGAAAAGUUGAAAAAAAUCAGAUUCAAGGUGGAAGACCUGGAAGGCCUAUACUGAAGCGGGUAGAUCUCGCCAAGCCGAAUAUCAUGAAAUAUAUGAGAUGGAAUGACCCGACAU